AUGUCUACUAUUAUCACCAGUGAAAAUACAACCACUAAAACUUUUACACCCAACACUAAUGUUGCCGCUGUAAUCCCAGCCGACUUUAAAUCUACUUUGCCACCAAGGAAAAGGGCUAAAACUAAAGAAGAAAAGGAGCAAAGACGUAUUGAGAGAAUCUUAAGAAAUAGAAAGGCUGCUCAUAAGAGUAGAGAGCGUAAGAGACAACAGCUAACCUAUUUAAGUGAAAAGUGUAAUAUAUUGGAAAAGAUUUUAGCUACUGUUGAUUUGUCCUUAUUAAAUGAUGAGGCUUUAGGUUUAUACCAAAAUUAUAUGGAAAAUUUAUUACCCAAGGAAAAAGAUUUAUUUUUAGGUGGUGGUUGUUAUACAGCUACCACAUCUGGUUAUGGAAUACAUAGCACCAUUAGUACACCUAUUAGUAAUAUCUCUGAGUCGUUUGAUGAUGCUAACACUGUUAAAAGUGAAAAUCAGAAGGAAGCGAUUAUUGGGAAUGAGGAAGAUGUAUACAACCUUACCCCAGAGAGUGAAUUACUGCAGCCAGUUGACAGCAUUGGUGAUGUCUCCGGGAUUGAAUUUAAACCUAAUGUUGUCGAAUUUGCGACAUUGAUUAGUAAACAAUCUGGGCAGAAACAAGAAGGGAUUAAAGAAGAGGAAAUGGAUGAGGGAAGACAACUCGAAAUUUUGUUUUGUAAUAAUAAUUACAAUGUUAAUGAAGAUAAGCGCUAUCCAGCAGAAUUGAUAGCGCGUGUUUCUUAUAUAUUGUAUUAUUGA